GCCCAAGCAAAAGGGAGGCGCAAAGCCUGGCUUGCGUUGAAUCGGGGGAACCUGGUGGCCAGCAGCGGUGGGGCGCGUGAGCGGCGCGGACGUAAUUUUGGGAAUGUUGCAAUUGAUCUGAAAUACCCACAUUGCCUCUGAAGAAAAGAACACCCAGGGAAUAUUUACAGUUGGAUAUUUUUAAUGUUCAUGAGAUGUUUCCUAGAACUGCUCUCCUGAUGCCAUGGAUAUUCUGCUUCUUAAAGCACUGGUGUUGGUCUUGGUCAGUUGUUUUACUGGGCUUCUCUACUACCAUCCCAGGCAUUUUUUUAACUGGGAAAGAACAGUUUACAAGAAACCAAAUUUCAUAGUAAUUUUAGCAGACGAUGUAGGAUGGGGAGAUUUUGGAGCCAACUGGGACCUAAAAAAAGACACACCUAAUUUGGAUAAGAUAGCCCAGGAAGGAAUGAGAUUUGUAGAUUUCCAUUCUGCUGCAUCUACCUGUUCCCCAUCACGUGCCUCUCUGCUUACAGGACGUCUCGGCCUUCGUAACGGCGUCACCCACAAUUUUGCUGUGUCUUCAGUGGCAGGCCUUCCAUUGAACGAGACGAUAUUGGCAGAAGUCCUGAAAGAAGCUGGCUACCUCACUGCUAUGAUAGGGAAAUGGCACUUGGGACAUCAUGGCCCUUUCCAUCCCAGCUUUCGUGGUUUUGAUUUUUAUUUUGGGAUACCAUAUAGCCCUGAUAUGGGCUGUACUGACACUCCAGGUUAUAACCUCCCUCCCUGUCCGGCUUGUCCCAGAUGCUCCACAACAGACAGUAAACAUCAGAAAAACUGCUAUCCUGAAAUUGCACUUCCUCUUUUUGAAAACCUUACAAUUGUCCAACAGCCCGUAAACUUAACUACCUUAGCUGUGAAGUUUACAGAAAAAGUUAUUCAUUUCAUCCAUUAUGCCAGCCAGAAGGGCCUCCCUUUCUUCCUAUAUCUUGCUUUGGCUCAUAUGCAUGUGCCUUUGGUUUUGUCUGAGGCACCUUGGAAUCCAUCUUGCCAAGAUCCCUAUGGAACGUACUUGAAGGAAAUGGAUGCUUUGGUGGGACAGAUAAAGGAUGCAGUUGACAUCACAGCAAAGGAAGAUACAUUCCUCUGGUUUACAGGGGACAAUGGUCCUUGGUCUGAGAAGUGUGACUAUGCAGGAAGUGUUGGUCCAUAUACAGGGAUGUGGCAACAAAAAAAAGGUGGUAGCUCAGCAAAGCAAACAACCUGGGAAGGAGGACACCGCGUUCCCACAGUUGCAUAUUGGCCAGGGAAGAUCCCAGCAAAUGUGACGAGCCCUUUGAUGUUAAGCACUUUAGACAUAUUUCCUACAUUGGUAUCUCUGGCGAAUGCCACCCUUCCUCCCAACAGACGUUUUGAUGGGAUAGAUAUCUCUGAAGUCCUGUUUGGGUACUCAAGCAAAGGACACCAGACGUUAUUCCAUCCCAACAGUGGUGCAGCUGGAAAAUACGGAGAAAUACAGUCCCUUCGGUUGGACAAGUAUAAAACCUUUUAUCUUACAGAAUCUGUGCAUAUUAAAAACAGGAGCAAAGUAUCAUCUCUGACAAAUUGCUAAUGGUAGAACUAUAACUAAGUUGUGACCAUUUACUUACAACAAUCUAAAGCUUUCUCAAGGAAGACACAGAAGCCAUUUACAGGAUCUAUGAGGAGUGGGGGCAAAGAACACAAAGCAUCUGAAAUCGCCCUAACAAUGAGCCUGGUAUCCUGGGGCCUCUGAAAUGUAAUUUUUUAAAGGAGGAAAGUUAGUUCAUAAAACCCAAAUUUGAAAUUAUUGCAAAAAUAGGAUUCAGUACUUAAAUCCUUCAAUUUUUUUUUAGAAAAAAAAACUUUUUUCUAGCUACAGCAUUCCAAACAAGGACUGUCAAGUGAUUGAACCAUGUUAUUUCAAUAAACAUGUUAUUUCCAGAUAAUCUAGCACUGUAUUUUCCAGUACCUCAUACACAAUGCUAAAGUAAUCAGAUUUUCCACUAAAAUGAUUCAUGCAGAAGAAAGUGUAUUCUGAGCUUGUGUACUGUAGUCCGCCAGCAGCCUGCGGAGCUGGCAGCGAAGUCAGACAGUGAGGAGGCUGGGGAGGACAAUGGGUCCGUCCUGGAGUCAGGGGAAGGCCCCGACGAGGGCUCUGCGUUGAAGGCAGAGAUGGGGCCAGAGCCAUCUGGGAGCAAUGCACGGGUUCCGGAGCCUCCAGAGGUGGACAGCAGAGAGGCAGAGGAGCCUGUUCCUACUGCAUGCAUGCGAAGAGCUGCCAGAAGGCAAAAGCAGCUAAAGCAAAAAGGACGACUUAGGAGUAAGGCCAGGAGAUGACUGGCCCCUCCCAUAAGGCUUAAAAGAACAGCAAAGGCUCUUGGGCUUUUUGUAGGAAAGCAACGUUGCUACAAUUGUUUCUUGUCAGCGUCUCCUGUUUCUGAACUUCGUGUUCUUGCCAAGAAAAGCCUUUGGCAGGGUGCCAAAGAAGACAAAGUUUUGUGAUAAGGCCGAAGGACUUUGUUUUGGACUUAAUUUGGAUUA